AUGGGGCGCAAAUGGGGCCAUGGCGCUGCAAAGAGGUACCGCUCCCUUUAUCCCAACCGUCUGGCCCUUCAGGCCUCGGCUGCCAGCGCCCUUGAUCCCCGACAAGCCGCCGACCAGCGCGCCCGCCAUCCCUGCCAAGGGUACCGCAGCGCGCGGUACUCCGUACGCGGCCCGCGCCCCGCCCCAGCUCAGACUGUGCAGCCGCAAAUCCGCUUCUGGCCAGCCCGCUCCAAGGCCGUUCGCCGCCUUCAUGCUCGCUUUUUGCCCCAUAACCAAUCCAACAUUGCCCACUUAGUGAAAAGCAGAAGCAAGACAGGACUCGACCUCUACAACUCGAAAGGCCUCACCACCGAGGAGCGUGCCUCUGAAGACACCGUCGCCUGCACCCGUCUCGCCGUUGCCCAGCGCCCCGUCUCGGCCUCAGUCGCCGUCUGCCAUCGCAUAGCCUCGCCUCGCAUUGUUAUCGCCCGCGUUUCCGUUUCCCUCAGCUCGCCCGCCUUUGGUGCUCCUCGCCCGCCAGGAGCCCCUCGACGCAGUCUGCACAAGACGAUGCUUCGCAUUCUCCCUUCUCGCGAGCCGUCCCGCCAACCCUCACGCUCCCCUCCUCGAGAUCACCGACAGCACCUCGCUGCGAUCCGCCCUCCGCCCGCCAUGGACAGCCAGCAGCAGCAGCAGCAGCCGAAGCCGGCUCUCUACACGCAGCUGUCUCAAUUGUCCUCGCUCCCCCCGCGCACCGCCAGCAGCACGCCCACGACGUCGCCGGGCCUCUUCAGCCCGGUUGCCAGGCACGCCCACCAUAUCCCGACCUCGUCCCUCUCCGAGAGCAACACGCCUGCUCCCCCGUUCGACAGCCCCUACUUGCACCCGCUGCAGACUCACCGAGUUAGAGAGACCCAUAAAGCUCUCAUCGACUCGGACACCGUCACCGGCCGCAAAUCAAUCAAUCAGUAUGAGGUUAUCGAAGAGAUUGGUCGUGGAAUGCACGGCAAGGUGAAGCUGGCCCGCAAUCUCAGCACCAGCGAAAACGUCGCCAUCAAAAUCAUCCCGCGCUUUUCCAAGAAACGCCGUCUUGGCAAGCUCACGGCCCUGUCUCCCCAGGACAAGACCAAGAAGGAAAUCGCCAUCCUCAAGAAGAUUAGACACCCCAAUGUCGUUGCUCUGCUUGAAGUCAUCGACGAUCCCGAGCUCAAAAAGAUUUACAUGGUGCUGGAGCACGUGGAGCUGGGCGAGAUUGUGUGGCGUAAAAAGGGACUGCCCCAUGUCUGCUGGUAUGAACGGAAGCGAGCCGAGCGCGAAGUGAACGGAGAGGCGCCCAGCAAGGAAGAGCAGAUCUACGACCAGUAUCUCGAGCGACGCCAGGCCCUCAAAGAGAUCAAGCGAGCCAGGAUGGCCCAACACUUCAAUGGUCCAAAUGAGUACUGGAGCGUAGAGCACGGUGCUGCCGACGACAUCAGCACCGGAAGCCCUUGGUCCCGCAUCUCCUCCAAGGAUGACUUUGCUGCCACUGAAGGCUCCAUGUCCCAGCCAAUCUCCCGCCGGUCCUCUCUGGCCCCAUCCCGUUCCUAUUCCAACUCUUCCUCGCCCGGCACGUCAGGCAUUCACCCCAGGGAAGAAGACGAAUGGCAGGAUGACCACGUCACUCCCGGCCCCUCCCAACCAGCAAUGUCCACCAGCGCCUUGGACGGAUCCGUGUUUGGGGGGUCCUAUGCAAACAAUGAGACCAUGAGCUUUCGCGAACGGUCCCCCAGCAUGGCUGACUCCAUCAUCUCCCACAUGUCCUCCAUCGACUACAAUCCUCGUGCAUACGACCCCUUUGCUGACGACUUUUCCUAUGUUCCUUGCUUCACUUUUGACCAGGCACGGUCUGCUUUCCGCGACACUGUGCUAGGCCUUGAAUACUUGCACUACCAUGGCGUUGUCCACCGUGAUAUCAAGCCUGCCAAUUUGCUGUGGAGCAAAGACCACCGCGUCAAGAUUUCCGACUUUGGUGUUUCUUAUUUCGGCCGACCAAAUCGUGACGGUGAACCUGAUGACUUGGUAUCCGAGUCAGAAGCCCAGGAUUUCGAUGAUGACCUGGAGCUUUCCAAGACCGUUGGCACCCCGGCCUUUUUCGCCCCGGAGCUUUGCUACACUGACCCUGACGAACCCCAACCCAAGGUGUCUGAACAGAUCGAUGUAUGGUCCCUAGGUGUAACUCUGUACUGCCUCAUUUACGCGCGCAUCCCUUUCCUGGCAGAGGACGAAUUUCAAAUGUUUAGGAAGAUUGCCACCGAGGAAGUGUACAUUCCGCGCAGGAGAUUGAUGCCCGUGGACCCCUCAACCUCCCCAGCAGUAACGUCUCUUUACAAGCGCCAGAACACGUACCCCUAUCGCGAUGACAACGAUGUUAAAUACGAAGACGUCGACGGCCUUUUGUACGAUUUACUGCGCAAGAUGCUCACCAAGAAUCCAGAAAAGCGAAUCCGCCUCAAGGACAUCAAGCGGCACCCAUGGGUUCUCCAAGGACUCGCCAACCCAAGACAGUGGCUGGAGGAGACUGACCCGGCCAAGCCAACAAGCGGUAGCAAGAUUCUCGUCAACGAAAAGGAGGUUUCUUCUGCUGUCGUGCCUCUUACCUUUCUCGAACGUGCUCGAUCGGCCGUCAAGAAGACGAUUGCGAGAGUCGUGCAUCCAUUGGUCGACCGCAGCGAAAGUCGAUCCCGUAAAAGAGCUACGAGUAGCGUCGCUAGUUCUGGAGGCGAUAGCAUGCCGCGGCCCGUUACCAUCGCUGUACCACCUCUUCCUGCUACGAUGCCUCCCACUCCUCACAUCGAUAGGCGCCGCAGCCUUCACACAGGCGACUUUCUCCCCCCUUUGGAUAAGGACUUUUUGUCAAAUGUUGACCCGCGCUUUUCUGAUUCGGUGGCGGCGGCCAAUGUUGGAGAAACUGCAGCAUACGAUCCCCUGGCGACUGUCUUGCGUCCCCUCGAAACACCACAUGCUGUCACUCGAGGCCGCUCUCACAGUGAACUAGAUGAGGCGGCAACGUCGGAAUUUCGCCCUGCCGGUCGCGUGAAUGGCCGCAGCGGAGGAGGCACCAUACGUGCUAGAAAUGGCCCGCAGUUCUUGCCCCUGACUCCUCACAUUGGUGGACCUCAUACUGUCCCAGCUACUCCUUUGUAUGAAAGGCGUACCUCUUUCCAGAUAGAGUUGCCAAGCGCAAGAGCAGAGCUCAACGCUCUCGGACAAAGCACUUUUCGCUCCCCUUCUGCGGACCGUAGUCUCUUUGCGAGCCACGACAAACGAGCCACGCCUCAAGUAGCUCUCAACACUUCCGUGGCCCCUGGAAACAUUCCAGGCCUGCGAAGCACGCGGUCAAUGCGCUCUGUCGAUCUGGGGAGAAAUAGAUAUAGCUACGUACUUUCAUCAUCACCCCUGUCCUCGUCGCCUCAUGCCGUCCAUUCCUCGACCUACCAGCAACACAGGCAUCUUCAAUCGGACCCAAACUUUCAUCACAACAUACCCCAGGAGCGCCCAACCACCGCUCACCGUGUGGCCAAUGGCAUUGACAUCAAGUCGCCUUCGCGCCCCUCCGUCCUGAAAAGCCCCGGUCCCACCUAUUCUGCCUCGUAUGUGAGUGAAGACGGCUCAGUGGAUAUGGGUUCGGAGAGUCAGUGGUCACGUAUUGCGCAUCAAGAUUGGCAACCCGACGCUCAGUCACGCCGAGGCACUAUAGAAAUUGCCAAGACAUCGAGCACGGACUCGAUGGAUCAUCUUGGGACACCACUGACCAGCCCAAGCGAAACUGCUAGUCCCGUGGUUGCUUGCCCACAAGCGACGAAUGCAUCGCAGCGAAUGCUCGCCUUUCAGUCUGAUCCGUCGCUGCCUGCCCUUCUCAGCGGUGCCAGUUCUGUUUCGGCAGAUUUAGAGGGAGAGCUAUUGCUUAGACCAGGCACGGUAGGCCCGCAAGGUGCAUUUCUAGAUUCCAAGGAUUCGCUCACUCCUCCCGCCCUGCCAAAGGAGCCUGUCAAUGGCUUUCCUCUUGACCAAGUCUUUGAGAAAAAUACAUCCAUGGAAGGCGUUUCGCUGCGAGUGAGCACUGAUGACACGCGCCCACCAGCACCGACAAGCCAUCCUCGCAAAGAGGAGGAAGAGGAUGAUGAUAGCGAUGAGGGACUUUUGGUGAUGAUGGCCAAGCCUAAGAAGCGGCCACCAGUCACGACCAGACAUCGGCCCUUUGAGGCUAGACGACGCGAUACAAACAUGAGCACGGCAAGUGACGAGACUGCUAGGAGAGUCGACAUCUCUCCAAGAUCAUGAAAUUAGGCAUACCUAGGAGUUUAUUACUUUGAGUGGGUCGGCCACAGCGCUGUUCGGUUCUUCUUUUUUGUAUUUCAUGUGGACAUUCUUCUUUAAGCGAAAUAUAUAUACAUUUAUAAUUACCGGACAGAAAGAGGACUUAUACAAGCGCUACUGGCAUGGCUGGAAACCACACACGACGGCGGGGAUAAAUCAAAGAUAACAUCAUCUUCAUUAUCACCACAUUAUCUUCAUAUCAUAUCAUUAUUAUCUGCAUCAUUACCAAAAGGGAUGGAUAACCGGAGCUUCAAGGAAACAUAUUUUUCGGUGUAUUCCUUUUGUCGCAUACCCGUUUGCUUGAGUACUGGAAAGAGGAGGAAAGGGAAGGAAGAAAGGAGGGUUUAACUCUGGGAUGGGAAGGCGUUGUGCUUUUGCUUUUGCAUUGCAUUGGAGGUUUAUUUGCUUGUACUUUGUUUAUUUGUUUGUUCGGCUGCUUGCUUGCUUGAAAAGACAAACAGAAAAAACAACAACUACUGAUACUUUGCUUUUGAAGGACUGAAAGUAGAAUGGAUCUCUCUUCCUUGUCUCUCGUAUUCUUUCUCCCAACUUUUCUUUUCAUCUUCUUUAUUGCUCUUCUUUUAUUCAUUCUACUGGUCGCUUUUACUGCUCUCUUUUCCUUUUGUCUUGAUUGGUCUAUGGAUGCUUCAGUUACGUAUGAGAUUGAGGUUUAUUUUUUCGGGAGGUUUGUGCUUUAUGGAGUAUUGUGAUAAUGGGACGGGAGUUUCUUUUUUUUCUGCUUUUUUUUUUUUUUUUGGGCUGUGGGUGGUAUGGCAAUGGUGGUGGAAUCAAUGGGAUUUGCUUGAUGUGGUUUAUGCUUGAAAUGCAAUAGAUUGAUGUUGGUUUGGCGUUGGUAGCUACUUGUUUAAUAUGAAUGCGUUCUAUUUUACCUUGCUGGGUUUCUUGUUUCUCUCGCCGUGUAUUCGUAUGUGUUCGCCAUCAGGCUGCGAGGUAUCAAUACUGCACUGGUAGCUUAAGAAGGCAAGCAUGACUGUACGUAAUCAGGUAUACAUUCUCAACCGCUGAUUUCGUCUCUUGCAUCUUUCCCUCAAUUCUUUCAUGUUUUUGUCAGUCCAUAAAAUUGGUCAUGGGGCCUCUGUUUCGGCGAUAAGGUUGCAUAUGCCUAUGCAUUGAUACGUGGUAGCCCAGCCUGAUUUUGAUUCCUUUCGUCCCAAUGGGGAUCCAGUACGGUAUUACUGCAUCUUCCUCUGCACCUAUCAUAGCAGAGUCAUGCCUACGGAGUUGCUUUUCAGGCAUCAUCUCCUCACGUGUAGCGGCCCAACUCUAUAUUUCAAGGUAUUUAGAUGAAGUCCCCGCCCUAUAUGCUUUCCAAUAUUUGGUAUCUGAGACUCCAAAGCAGCUACGUCUCAACUAUAUCCGGCACUAGAGAAUACGUCUUUUCAAACAUCUUGUCUCUUAAUUUACUACUUCUGCUUUCAUUAU